AUGGGUGACCUCGGUGCCGACUCAGUACUGGCCUCGGAGUUCGUCACCUUCCUCCAUGCUCAGCUUAAAGCAAGUCGGGACGAAGUAGAGCGACUCAAGCAAGAAAAUACCUCCUUGCAAGCUGAACUCCACGAGGUCCGACAAGCAUUGGAGCCGGACAAAUCAGAGCAUAUAGCUGGGGAUGACUCGACUGUCGCGAAGUUGCAGUCCGAUCUGGAGAUACUUCGUCAGGAGGUCCAGGAUAUGUGCGCGCUUGCUGCGGUCCAUGAAGCAGACGCCAAGACCUGGAAGACGCGAUACGAAGAGCUGAAACCCCAGCUGCUAGCCUCUGCGGCCGGCAAUACUGCCAUCUUGGACAAAAUGCGCGAUCAGCUGGCCAAUUUUGUGACUUGUCAGCCGCAUGUGACCAAUGACAAGACAGCAGAGGAAUUCAUCGCGUUCUUGUCGGUACUUCCGGGGGCAUUUUGUUCGGACAUACGCGGUAAGACCGCCCAAGCUCUUUUCCACUCCACGUACCUCCCGCUGCUUCCAAAAUCCGCGAUAGACGCAUGUGUGGCCGGGGGGUACGCGUUCUUCGGCCCAAACCUGUUCUGGUGCGGGCCUCUCUCACAGCACGCGUACGUCGUCCACCCAUGUCUCAAGUACAACCCCAAGUUCGCGAAUGGAGAGACACAGUGGUCUCUCGACUCUCGGUGGUCUCAAAUGAUGGGCCAACAACGGGACCUCUUCUACCUACACAACGGGAGCGUAUGCUACGCAGGGACUUUCAUAUGUCACUCUGGCCCGCGCUCCGUCUCAUUGAGCCAUAUGACAUCGGUGAAUGCGAACGAGCAAUUUGCAACCACCCUCGCUAGAGGGACAUUCGACGCGAUGAACGUGAACCAGAAAGCAAAGGGAAAGGUCUACAUCCCCCUCCUAGACACCCUCUAUCGCGACGGAUCCCUCUCGGUACAGCUGCUGGGGCUUCAGCGCGUCGGCUUCAAUGAAAAGCUGUACCAUAUCUUGAAGAAAGCCUCCGACAAGCGUGUUAUGUUCAGAACGACCGACAACUCCAGAGCCGCUCCGACGACAAAGCGCACGAUGGAGGACAUGCAGCAAGGAACGAACGAUGCGGUGAUGGAGCAAUGGGACGAAGAAGCAGGGCCUUCGCCUCCGAAACUUCCACGCCUUCAGCAUGGAGUGACGGUUGCCGAGCUUCCUGGCGACAAUUACGCGUGA